AUGGCACCUUCGGCAAGCACCGAAGAGACGUCCGGCCCCCAGCCAACGCCGGCUUCCUCCGAAAAUCGGCCACGGAUUCUCGUCCCCGAGAAAGUCUCUGCUGACGGGCUUGCGCUGCUCAAAGACACCUGUGAUGUCGAUGUCCGUACGGGCCUCUCCGCAGACGAGCUGAUUUCCAUCAUCCCUUCCUACCAUGGGCUCAUCGUCCGCUCCGAGACCAAGGUCACUGCCACGGUGCUUGCCGCGGCCCGGAAGAUGAAGGUCGUUGCCCGCGCCGGAGUUGGGGUUGACAAUAUUGACGUGAACGCGGCCACGGCCAACGGCAUCAUCGUGGUCAAUUCGCCAAGCGGGAACAUUGUGGCCGCGGCCGAGCACACAAUCGCCCUCCUCCUGGCCACGGCCCGAAAUGUGGGCCGCGCCGACGGCACCCUCAAGGCCGGCAAGUGGGAGCGCGGCAAGCUGGUCGGAGUCGAGGUCGGCCGCAAGACGCUGGGCAUCAUCGGCCUGGGGAAGGUCGGCAUGAACGUGGCGCGCAUGGCCAUCGGCCUGGGCAUGAAGGUGGUAGCCCUCGACCCGUAUGCAAGCGCCGACAUCGCCAGUCAGGCGGGAGUGCAGCUGGUUGAGAAGAUGGGGGAUCUGUUACCUGUCGUCGACUUCCUGACGAUCCACACCCCUCUGAUCGCUAGCACGCUGAACCUCAUCGGUGAGGCCGAGUUCCAGACCAUGAAGAAGACGGCGCGGGUGCUCAACGUGGCCAGGGGUGGCGUCUAUAACGAGGAGGCACUUGUCAAGGCGCUGGACGAAGGCUGGAUUGCCGGCGCCGGCAUCGAUGUCUUCACGUCGGAGCCGCCACAGCCCGACUCGGCUGCCCAGCGCCUCGCAGCCCACCCGAAGGCGGUGGCCACACCACACCUCGGAGCGAGCACGGUUGAGGCCCAGGAGAACGUGUCGCUUGAUGUCUGCACGCAGGUGCUAGAGACGCUUUGCGGCGGCGGACUGCCGACCAGCGCGGUCAACGCGCCGCUGAUCCUGCCCGAGGAAUACCGCAAGCUGCAGCCCUUCGUCCGGCUCGUCGAACGCAUGGGCAGCCUGUACACGCAGCACUUUGUCGGCGGCAAGGGCGGCAUGAUCGGCGGGCGACGGUUCGAGCUCGUCUACCAGGGCGAGCUGGCGGGCAUCAGCAACACGCGCCCGCUGUUCGCGGCGCUGGUCAAGGGGCUGAUGUCGUCCAUCUCGGAAGCGGGCGGGCGGGACGUGAACAUUGUCAACGCGACGCUCAUCGCCAAGGAGAAGGGCAUCGCGAUCAACGAGACGCACAUCCGCGAGUCGGACGACCUCGCGUACGCGUCGCUCGUCACGCUGCGCAGCUUCGGCGGCGGCGACCAGGGCGACCAGCAGCAGGUGAUCGAGGGCUACGUCAGCGGAAAGACCAUCUACAUCUCCAAGCUGGACAAGUUCAGCGCGAGCUUCAUCCCCGAGGGCACCAUGGUCGUGCUGCACAACUACGAUGAGCCAGGCAAGAUCGGUAACGUUGGCAUGGUACUUGGCAAGUACGGCAUCAACAUCACGUUCAUGCAGGUGGCGAGUCUCGACGCCGAGGGACAGCUGGAGAAGAAUGGCCAAGCCGAGAAGGAGGCGCUCAUGAUUCUUGGCGUCGACGGCCACGUAACCGACGAGGUGUUGGAAUAUCUUGGCAAGUCGGAAGGCAUUCUAGAUGUUAGUUUGUGUACUAGCGCAGAACCAAUGGACGUUGAUCCAGAUCUCUGGGCGCCUGGAUACCUGACGUGCCUAGCAGGGGUACCCGGUAGACGAGCAAUGGCGGGGGCGAUAGCACCAACUCGGGGCAUUACUCGGGCGCGAGGCCCCAAUGCCUUCCUUACAGCUCGCCCGCUCGAGCUGGGCGUCUUUCGGAUAUUGUCCAUGUGCUUGUCGACGGUAUCUGCAGCACCCCUGUCUCUCCUGGACCAGUAUCAGCAUCCCAGCCCUGAGGACGAAGACGUGAGCAUGUGGGUGCUCUACGUGUCGUCCGUGGUUUUGGUUCUCCUCGGCGGCGCCUUCGCCGGCUUAACAAUUGCUUAUAUGGGCCAGGACGGCAUCUAUCUCCAGGUUGUCGCAAGGGACCCUAGCGAGCCACAGCAGAAGAAUGCGAAACGGGUAUACGACCUGCUGAUGAAGGGGAAGCACUGGGUCUUGGUCACACUAUUAUUGGCCAACGUUGUUGUCAAUGCGUCCCUUCCCGUUGUCCUGGACCGUUGUCUUGGGGGCGGCGUUGCUGCCGUCGUCGGCAGUACUAUUCUUAUCGUCAUCUUUGGCGAGGUCGUCCCACAAUCCGUAUGCGUACGGUACGGCCUUCAGAUCGGCGCCUUCAUGUCGAAACCCGUCCUCCUUCUCAUGUACCUCAGCGCACCCAUCGCUUGGCCCAUGGCGAAGCUCCUAGACUGGAUACUUGGAGAGGAUCAUGGAACAGUUUACAGGAAGAGCGGGCUGAAGACGCUGGUGACGCUCCACAAAAACCUCGGGGCCGUCUCGGAUCGCCUCAACCAGGACGAGGUCACCAUAAUCAGUGCCGUUUUGGAUCUCAAGGAGAAGGCGGUCGAGCAGGUCAUGACGCCCAUGGCUGACGUGUUCGUCAUGUCUGAAGACACAGUCUUGGAUGAGAAAACCACAGACAUGAUCCUCACGGCAGGAUAUUCCCGAAUACCGAUUCACGAGCCUGGCAACCCUACAAACUUUGUCGGUAUGUUGCUUGUGAAAAUACUGAUCACGUACGAUCCGGAGGACUGCAAGCUUGUCCGAGAUUUCCCCUUGGCCACCCUUCCCGAAACCCGUCCGGAAACCAGCUGCCUGGAUAUCGUGAACUUUUUCCAAGAGGGCAAGUCCCACAUGGUCCUGGUAUCGGAAUAUCCAGGGGAAGAUUACGGUGCCUUGGGCGUCGUGACGUUGGAAGACGUUAUCGAGGAGCUCAUUGGAGAGGAAAUCAUCGAUGAAUCAGAUGUAUACAUUGAUGUUCACAAGGCGAUUCGUAGACUUGCACCGGCGCCAAGAGCUCGAGUGCACAGAAGAACGUCGGAAGGGCAGGGUGGCAGCAGGGCGAACGACACUAUUCUGGUCAUUGGCCCAAGCGAUGCUACAGAUGGAGAAGACUCACCGCAGCCCGGGAGACGCGGUUCGGCUGAAGCGAGGAGCAACUCGCCCAGUUUGUCGAGCAGUCUUCGGACCACGCUGAUGCUUCGUAGGAGCUCAGCAGGGAUUGACGGUCACACUACGGUUCCGGUCCGUGCCAAUUUCGAGGAGAUGAGGCACCACUUCAAGCACCUUGGACCCUCUAAUCCUGCGACGAACCCAAAGGAAACGCGGUCGACAACAGUCAAGAUAAAGCCCGGAACGGCUAUCGGCUCAAGUCAUCUCCGCUCGACUUCUAUUCCCGGAGAGAUUCACGACGAGUUGAUGCUUCAUGGGGAUGACGAGACAACAGGCUUGCUAAUGCAUCAAGACAGCGGUAACCAUCAGCUUCUUCAGGCGUUCCGGCAAGGCUAUGGAUCCGCUAUCGUGGGCGAUAUAAAUUCGAAAAUGCCAGAGAACUACGCAUCGGAAACCGCGGUGGAGGAUGACGAAGAGUACGACGCUCCGGCCAAAUCAACAUUAGCGGAGCCAAAUGAGGACGAAAUCCAGGCCAAACAGGCAUCGGCGAAGUCGAGCCAGGCUGGUGAUCCAGAAGCCACUGGCCCCCGGUCCAGUGGCAGUGGCAGUGGCAGUGGCAGUGCCGAAAGUGCGCAUAGUAACAAGUCCGAUUCGGGCAAGGCUCUCCAGCUUGCUCCUAAGAGAUCAUGCGUCAGGAGCGGGAGCAUCACGGAGAAUAUUGUCGAGUCCCGGGGUGUCAGGAAGGUUGUACUAGAAACACAAGCUCUGAGUCCUACUGCUGAUGGCGACGAGACCAUGGCCGCGAUGGUUUCUUCAGGGUCAAUUCUCAACAUUCCCGUGGCCCCGGGCCACGAUCAAGCGACCGUUGCUGUGCCCGUCGCGGGCCAUGUAUCGGAAGGCGAGGAUGGAGGAGAGGCAGAGGCAGAGGCAGAGGCAGAGGCAGAGGCAGAGGCAGAGGCAGAGGCAGAGGCAGAGGCCGAGGCCGAGGAAGGAACCGUGGCGGCAGGGUCAUCGGCAGCCGCCGCUCAGACUAAUGCACCAGGCAAGAAGAAAAACAGGCGCAAGAAGCGAAAGGGCGGCCAUUCAUGA